GCGCGGUAAACACUGUUUACUUUAACAGUCCUCCCACUGAAGGGUUAAAGGGAUUUACCAUCAUCCGCGGAGCGGGUUAGUUAUUGUGGCGCAGCGCGAGCCUCUGGACGGCGCGCUGCAGCGGACGAGCGCUCGAGCGCAACUUCAGUACUCAGCACUGAGCGCCGACAGCAGUCAGCAGUGCCAGCAAACAUAAACAAUGGCGGAGCGGCUGUGAACCCAGCUCAGCGGAUCGAAUUUGCCCCAUGGACGGGCAUUUCGCGUACAUAGACAUGGAAAACCCGACCGAAAAUCCAAGCAAGGCGGCGGAGUACCUGAAAGAGCUCAAUAAAAUCAUCGAAACCCAACAGGAGUUGUUGGAGAAGCAGAAGAAUCGGAUUGAAGAGCUCGAACAGCAAGUGUGUGAUCUUUGUCAAGAGAACGCGUGCCUGAAGGAUCAGCACCAGAGGCACCUGGCCACCUGCAGACUGCAACAACAGGGCAACAGUCACCCCACGCUGGGUGCCAUAAAGGAGAACGUGAUCCAAGAAAAGCAUGAAAGUGAGGGCUUGUGUGUCUCAAAUGUCAGACGGCACGCUUCUUUGCCCCUCGAUGUCACAUACCCUGGCAACUUUAUUGUGCCGCUGUGUCGAAGAAGUUACCCCUGUCGCAAAUGGAAGUCUGCAUCGCUUGGUGUGGAAGGUGAGGCUCCGGGCGGUGAGGCGGGCCCCUCUCUAGAGAACAGUGGGGGUUACUUACGAGGGCCGGUGAGCCGCAGUGCCAUCAUCAGUGGCGAGCACUUCGACGGCCCACCACUGUACGCUCACGAGGUACGGCAGCGCCCCCGGCGACCCAAACUCCAGCAUUCCCAGUCGAUCCUACGCAAGCAGGCAGAGGAGGAGGCCAUCAAACGCUCCCGAUCACUGUCUGAAAGCUAUGAGCUCUCCACCGACCUCCAAGACAAACAGGUGGAAAUGCUGGAGCGCAAGUAUGGAGGACGUUUUAUAACCCGACAUGCUGCACGCACGAUCCAGACUGCCUUCCGCCAAUAUCAAAUGAAUAAGAACUUUGAGCGCCUCAGGAGUUCUAUGUCGGAGAACCGCAUGUCCAGGCGCAUAGUUUUAUCCAAUAUGAGAAUGCAGUUUUCGUUUGAAGGACCUGAAAAAGUCCAUAGUUCCUAUUUUGAGGGGAAGCAAGUGUCUCUUACCGACGAUGGUUCUAAACUAGGAGCCUUGGUGCAAUCGGAGCGCGGGGAAAUGGUCCCCGCCAACAUAAAGUCGCCUGUGGGCCAGAGCGAUUUCACGGAUGCCAUUACUGAGCUGGAGGACGUUUUCUCUCGACAAGUGAAGUCUUUGGCAGAGUCCAUAGAUGACGCUCUGAACUGUCGCAGCCUACAUGGUGACGAGGGACAGCCAGAGUCAACCAGAGGACAUCCAGACAUAGAGAAAGAGGUUACCUACCAGGUCAAGCCUUCCCACAUCAGUGACCACCGUAAGCGAGAUGAGAUGACAGCAUCCUACAGUGAUGUGACACUUUAUAUAGAUGAGGAAGAGCUCUCCCCUCCUCUUCCUUUAACACAAUCAGUUGAAAGACCCUCUAGCACAGAGUCAGAUCUUCGCCUACGUUCAUUGAACUCCUCACAGGAUUACUGGUCUCUAGCUCAUAAAGAUGAAAAGGGCGACACGGACACUAGCUGCCGCAGCACCCCGUCUCUGGAGUGUCAAGAGCAGAGAUUGAGAAUAGACCACCUACCCCUGCUAACUAUCGAACCCCCCAGCGAUAGCUCAGUUGAGCUGAGCGACCGCUCUGACCGAAGCUCCCUCAAAAGACAGAACGCUUACGAUCGGACCAUCGCCAGCCAGCAGGGCAGCCCAAAACACAUCCCCUCUCACGCGCUCCCACCACGGGGACCUGCUAGAGAUGACGAGGCUCCUCGGCAUCGGCCGCGGCAGCUGGAAAGCCACCUGGCAAUCAAUGGCACCGCCAACCGGCAGAGCAAAUCAGAGUCGGACUUCUCUGACGGCGAUAACGACAGCAUCAACAGCACUUCCAAUUCCAACGAUACCAUCAACUGCAGUUCAGAGUCCUCAUCCAGGGAUAGUCUUCGAGAGCAGACUCUCAGCAAGCAGACGUAUCAUAAGGAGACACGCAACAGUUGGGACUCCCCAGCGUUCAGCAAUGAUAUCAUCCGCAAGAGGCACUACCGCAUUGGCCUGAACCUUUUCAACAAGAAACCUGAAAAAGGCAUCCAAUACCUGAUCGAGCGAGGAUUUGUCCCUGACACACCUGUGGGAGUUGCCCAUUUCCUGUUACAGAGAAAAGGGCUGAGUCGACAGAUGAUUGGCGAGUUCCUGGGCAACAGGCAGAAACAGUUCAACAGAGAUGUUCUUGACUGUGUGGUAGAUGAGAUGGAUUUCUCUGGAAUGGAGCUGGAUGAAGCCUUGAGAAAAUUCCAGGCGCAUAUCCGGGUGCAGGGAGAGGCACAGAAGGUCGAGCGACUCAUUGAAGCCUUCAGUCAGCGCUACUGCAUCUGCAACCCGGGGGUGGUACGUCAGUUUAGGAACCCAGAUACCAUCUUCAUCCUGGCGUUUGCCAUUAUACUCCUCAACACAGACAUGUACAGCCCAAACGUGAAGCCGGAGAGGAAGAUGAAACUGGAGGACUUUGUAAAGAACCUUCGUGGGGUGGAUGAUGGCGAGGACAUCCCUCGAGAGAUGUUGGUGGGCAUCUAUGAGCGAAUCCGGAAACGAGAGCUUAAGACAAACGAAGACCACGUGUCCCAGGUGCAGAAGGUGGAGAAACUCAUUGUUGGCAAGAAGCCGAUUGGCUCUCUGCACCAUGGCCUUGGAUGUGUGCUGUCCCUACCACAUCGCAGGCUGGUAUGUUACUGCAGGCUGUUCGAAGUGCCGGACCCUAAUAAACCUCAGAAGUUGGGUCUCCACCAGAGAGAGAUCUUCCUGUUCAAUGACCUUUUGGUGGUCACUAAGAUUUUCCAGAAGAAGAAGAAUUCGGUGACGUACAGCUUCAGGCAGUCCUUCUCUCUUUAUGGGAUGCAGGUGCUUCUGUUUGAAAACCAGUAUUACCCCAAUGGAGUGCGUCUCACUUCAGCUCUUCCAGGCGCGGACAUUAAGGUUCUCAUUAACUUCAACGCCCCCAACCCGCAAGACCGCAAGAAGUUCACAGAUGACCUGCGGGAAUCCAUCGCAGAGGUGCAGGAGAUGGAGAAGUACAGAAUAGAGUCUGAACUGGAGAAGCAAAAAGGCGUGGUCCGUCCCAGCAUUUCCCAGAGCUCAGGUCUAAAGAAAGACACGGGAAAUGGCAAUUUGAGUCGCACCAGUCUGGAUGACAGCUACGCCAUAGGUGAAGGCCUCAAGAGAAGUGCCCUCAGCAGCUCCUUACGUGACCUUUCAGAUGCAGGCAAGCGGGGGCGCCGCAGCAGUGCAGGAUCUCUAGACAGCAAUAUGGAAGGGUCCAUCAUUAGCAGCCCCCACAUACGGCGCCGAGCCACUUCCAGCCGCGACUGCCCCUCCCGCCAGCAGUCCAUCCCCAACUCCUCCUCUCUCCUAGGCUCCAUAUUCGGCACCAAGCGGGGCAAGUCGCCCUCUCUGGCCACCCAGUCCUCCCACCCCUCCCACCCGACACUAAUCUCUCACACCCCGCACCCUACCAACCUGCACCACACGGCCCGUGAUGUCGUCACCGUCACUGAGACCCAAGCCCAGAUGCACCACGCUCAGUUUUGCCACAUGCAGAACCCCCCUCCGUACCACCACCACCAUCACUACCACCCCCCAGCGCACAUUCAACACCCGCCCCACCAGUUCCACCCCACGCCCGGCCCCUCUUCCUCUCACAGCCACUCGCACGGCCCCCACGGCCACGGGACGCACCGAGACCUGUCGCACCCCACCCACUCCCAGCACGCACCUCACCACCACAGCCAGCCUCCGGCCCCCCCUCCGGCGGCCAGCAGCACCAAGCCCAAACACAGCGGCAUCAGCACUGUGGUUUGAGCCCCUCCGCAAACUCUUUCCUCUUGGGAAUGGGACCGUUCCGAGCGGGCUGACUGUUGGGCCUCCGUUUAGAUUGUAACGUGCGACGGAUUGUUGCUGCCUACCAGGAUAUGAACAAAAAAGGGGCACCUUGACUCACGUUUUAACUCAUCCAGCGCCCGUUUCCUCUGGGAAAGGGAGCCACAAUGUGUAGCACUGGGGCGGCUAGAACUCCAGUCAUCAGUUAUUGCUCCAGCUGUAGAGCCCCAGACAAAGCUGCUGCUGCUUCUUCUUUUAGGCUCCAUUUUAGAGACUCUCAACCUUCUCGACUCUGGCGGUGAAGCAAAAGCAUGCGCAAAAGACCGUGGCAACUGUUUUCUUGUACUUAAUUACCUAAAUGCAUUAACAAAUAGCCUGCUUAUUAGUUUGCAGAAACUAUGUUUUUGCUAGAACAGCGGUUUGAGAUAACAGUCUGUCGAAGUCAGUCAAAAGCGAGUGGUGUUCCAGUAUUUAAUGUAGCUGUAGACCACACAUUUCUGUGAUAUAGUUAGGGGACUAUAACGUGCCAAUGAUUAAAAAGCAGUGACUGAGUUAAUCAGGAAAAAAAAAAGAAAAAA